AUGGUUCCUCCUGGAUUGGGCCCCGAGCGUCCGCCUCCCUUGAAAUAUCAGCGUCCGGUUCUUCCUGUGGACAGCUCAGCGCGUGUCGUUCCCAGCGCGAGGUUCUGGAGGACUCUGCCCGCCGAAAGAGCAAGCAAAAGACUGACUGGGUGCUUCGUGUUGUAUAUGGCAAGUUACAUCCUCAUCUUCGGCAAUUUUCUUGUACCGUCGCGGCCCACAGACUUUCAGUUGGAAAUCUUAAUUGGUAAACAGUUCCACUACGUCUAUUUCUAUUACCGACUUCCUGCUGCCUACACUGGCAUCCUUAAAUUCCUUCGUUUUGAGUCGCAAGAACUGAACGAUUCCAUGCCCCAGGACCAAUCUAACUUACGUCUCCUCCUCAUUGGGUCCCCGGACCAUUCGCCCAUAAAGAGAUUGUGUCGACAGAGAAGAAGCUGCACCAAGCAAGGAGGCAGAUGCAUACAGCGGGAUGAAACUUGCUCCACAAUAUCCAGUGAUGACCUCUGCAAGGGUGCAAGUUGCAAAUGCUGUCUGGGGAACAAUCCUUCUUGCGCCAUCACUCCAAGCUGCCAUCUCCAGGGAGGAUUCUGCUUCAAGAAAUCUGGAAAGGAUUCAUGCGCAGACGGCACCGUGAUAAAAAACGGGUGUCUUGGUAAAAGAUGCGCUUGUUGCAUUCCAAAGAAAGUCAAGUGUCGCUGCGGAGUGAGCAACGGCGACCGCAUCAUCGGAGGGACGGAGGUGUCCCCACCCUUCAGAUAUCCCUGGCUCGUCGGCAUCUACGAGACUCUGAAUUUAGAGAGGCCCUUCUGCGGCGGGAGCAUCAUCAACACCCGCUACGUCGUCACAGCCGCGCACUGUAUGUUUACGCGGGAGAACGAACCCAUCCCCGCAUCCAAGAUUCGGGUGAAAGUCGCCGAGCACGACGUGGCUUCUGAGGACGACGACGUCGAAGGAGUCACGCGGAUGCUGGCCCUGGAGAGCUACGUCGUCCAUGAAGACUACAAGAGAACUUCAACCUGGACAUCGCCCUCCUGCGUUUUAAGAAAGCGGGAAGGACAGUUGUUCUGGCGACUCGGGAGGCCCUCUGACGGUGGAAGAAGACGGGAGGUUCACCUUGGUGGGGAUCGUCUCUUUCGGCGAUGGUGCGCCAAACGGAAAGUUCCAGGCGUCUACACGCGCAUCACUGAGCUUUUGGAAUGGAUUAGCAGCAAAACUGCUGAAGUAUCUUACUGUCAAUAG